AUGUGGUCCACCAGCGACUGCGGCGCUUCUAGCUGUAGGCCCGCCUACGAACGAAGGAGUCUGGAAUCCGUUUCCUCCUCGACUAUCCUCCUCUCCUCUCUGCCUCUUCUUGUCACAUGGCUUCUGGUCGUGAUCAUAGCGCAGCGAAGACUCUUCCCCACCCUGUCGAGCGAUUUGGACCGUAAGAGUGGGCGUGACGAGUUACCGAUCUUCAACAGGAAUGUUUUCAAGACGGCAACACAGAACUGGAGGGAGAAGCUGAAGGCUCCUUCGGCACAAAAGUUGGCAUCAUGGGUCUUCUCCACGAGUAUCGGACUGUCUGCUGUGUUGGUAGAGUUACUGCUCUGUGAGAUCUCGGAUGCGCUGAAUCCAGCGGCAAGAGGACUGGCCCUGAGGAUAACGCUUGGGUUGCUACUGAUUCUGAGCGUUGUUGUCACCCCUGCUCUGGAGAUACAUGGCAUCGUUAGGGGCUUGCUUGGAGUCCCACAAGAUACCACUUCCACGCGCCGGACGCGUCCAAAAAUGCGAAUUGCCUUAGAGCUGGCCCUCCUCGCCGCGUGGCUGCUGGUGUUUUGGUAUAUUCCAAAGGCUUCAAUCUUGCGCGACACUCUGCAUGAAUCGCAAAAGGAACAGUCUCCAAGCGGACAUGCGUUCACAGAAGCCUGUCUGGAGCGCAUAGGAAUUAUCGGCAUCUCGUUGAUGGCAUCAUUGGCUGGGUUUGCUGCUGUAUCCUCGUUAUGGCAGACACUUGGUGUUCGACGCAAGACGAUCAAGGAUUCAGAUGUUUCUCGCAAAGCUGCGGGACUGGCAGCCACGGAGGAAAUGCUAGCCGCGAAACAAAGUAGAGUUCGGGCACUGGAGCGCAAAAUGUCUGAGGCGCCGUCCCCUUCGGAGCAGACUGGCUUUGUUGGCCGACUUGUGGGGUCAUUCAGAGGGUCGAAUGAAGCACAAGAGCUCAAAACACUCCGUAUGGAAGUGUCAGGCUUAGAGACCAUGCGCUUCACUUUGUCAAACUCACUAUCAAAUCUGCGCGCUCGACACAACGAACAAGAGCGCUCGCAAACUACCCCCGGAAAGCUCCUCAACGCAGCGAACUUUGUCUUUGCGCUCUACUGCGCCUAUCGUAUCGGCGCGACGUCUCUCUCUACGCUCCGACGCUGGUGGAAUCCGUCCCACUCAUUCGCCACGAGCGAUCCUAUCAACCAUGUAUUGGCACUCUUGACCACCCACUACGACCGCAACCUCGACCGUCAGGCAUGGUCUCGGCAAAUCAGCUUCUUGCUUUCCGGAAUCAUGCUCCUGGCCUCUUUCAACGCAGUCCUGCAGACAUCUCGCCUUUUCGCCCGUUUCGCGCCGAGCCUUGUACAGCAUGCGCAGACGAGUCUCCCCUUGAUCAUUUCGCAGAUUGCGGGAACGUAUGUGAUCAGCUCUGCGUUGCUCCUGCGCAGCAACCUGCCGGCCGAAGUCAGCAGUGUCAUCAGCGAGGCGUUGGGCGCUCCGCUUGAAGGACGUUUCGUCGAGAGCUGGUUCGAGAGUUGGUUCCUGGUCGCUGUCGGGCUCACAGCGACUGGAAUCUUGACGGGCAGGAAAUUGGGAGGCAGCGCUGACGAUUGGGAUGACGACGGGAGUAUAGAAAUGGGUAAACGAAGUUGA